CGUCGCCCUCUUAACACCCUGCUCCCUUCGCAGCUGCCGGACCCCUCUUGUUCCCCCCGCCCCCCGCGCGGGCCAGCUUCUCCGGCUCCCUUCCCCUGGCCGUUGACUCACCGCUCCAGGAAUAGGGAUCUCCUGUGUUUUCCCGGCAGUCCCGUUCUGGGAAAACUCCUCCCUCCGCGCGCCGCUCCGCGAGUCAGACGGGGUGGCAGCGAACUGGGCUCGGGGCGCUGGGUCGGCUGGGUUUGCUGCCCCGCCUUCCUCCCCGCCCUGCGGGUCGUCCUCCGAGCUGGAGCCCGGUUUCCACGCGCUGAUCUCCGGCGUCCCUGCAGAGCCUGCUCCGAGCUCCCAGGAACCCAGCAGAGUUGCGGCUUCAAGAGUUGGCGCGCCGAACAGACUCCUAGAACUAAUUUAGCGCAGCUGCCGCACCUUCCCGCACUCUGGUACCGGGAAUCCUGGACCCGUGCUGCCCACUAGAAUAAAGGAUGUUGAGGGCAGGCCAUGUCCCAUGUGACUUGCUAUCCAGUGCCCAGUGUAUAGGAGGCGCUCAUUAUGCAACUGCGAAUGAAUGAAUGAAAAACUCAGAGGGCUGAGGCGCUCCUGGUGAGGUGUUAGGCAUGAAAGAACCAGCUCUCCUCGUCGAGAGGCACCCGGAUACUGGUCAUGGCAGUUGCAACUGUGUCGCAGUGAAGUGCAGGGCUGAGGGUCCAACAGGCGCUCCUCCAAGCGGAGCCUUGGAGGGCACGGCCGGCACCAUUACCUCCAACGAGUGGAGCUCUCCUAACUCCCCCGAGGGGAGCAACGUCUCUGGGGGCAGUCAGGCAUUGGACAAGCCCAUCGACAACGAUGCGGAGGGGGUGUGGAGCCCGGACAUUGAGCAGAGCUUCCAGGAGGCCUUGGCCAUCUACCCGCCCUGUGGCCGGCGCAAGAUCAUUCUUUCAGAUGAGGGCAAGAUGUACGGUCGGAAUGAGCUGAUUGCCCGCUACAUCAAACUCCGGACAGGGAAGACCCGCACCAGGAAGCAGGUCUCCAGCCACAUCCAGGUGCUGGCUCGUCGCAAAGCCCGUGAGAUCCAGGCCAAGCUAAAGGACCAGGCAGCUAAGGACAAGGCCCUGCAGAGCAUGGCUGCCAUGUCAUCCGCCCAGAUCAUCUCCGCCACAGCCUUCCACAGUAAAAUGGCCCUCGCCCGGGGCCCUGGCUGCCCAGCAGUCUCCGGGUUUUGGCAAGGAGCUUUGCCGGGCCAAGCCGGAACAUCCCAUGAUGUGAAACCUUUCUCUCAACAAACCUACACUGUCCAGCCUUCACUGCCUCUACCAGGGUUUGAGUCUGCUUCAGGACCCGCCCCAUCGCCCUCAGCGCCCCCAGCGCCCCCAUGGCAGGGACGCAGUGUGGCCAGCUCCAAGCUCUGGAUGCUGGAAUUCUCUGCUUUCCUGGAGCAGCAGCAAGACCCUGAUACGUACAACAAGCACCUGUUCGUACACAUUGGCCAGUCAAGCCCUAGCUACAGUGACCCCUACCUCGAAGCUGUGGACAUCCGCCAGAUCUAUGACAAGUUCCCAGAGAAAAAGGGUGGACUCAAGGAGCUCUUUGAACGGGGACCUUCCAAUGCCUUUUUUCUUGUGAAAUUCUGGGCAGACCUCAACACUAAUAUGGAAGACGAAGGCAGCUCCUUCUACGGGGUCUCCAGCCAAUAUGAGAGUCCCGAGAACAUGAUAAUCACCUGCUCCACCAAGGUCUGCUCAUUCGGCAAGCAGGUGGUGGAGAAAGUGGAGACUGAGUAUGCCCGCUAUGAAAAUGGCCACUACUCCUACCGCAUCCACCGGUCCCCGCUCUGUGAGUACAUGAUCAACUUCAUCCACAAGCUGAAGCACCUGCCCGAGAAGUACAUGAUGAACAGCGUACUGGAGAACUUCACCAUCCUGCAGGUGGUCACCAACAGAGACACGCAGGAGACUUUGCUGUGCGUUGCAUAUGUCUUUGAGGUGUCAGCUAGUGAGCACGGGGCUCAACACCACAUCUACCGGCUGGUGAAAGAAUAAGAGACUUGGGGAGCAGGGCGGGGGAAGAGACAUUGUGUGUGUAGGGACGUGGGGAGGGGACCUGCAGGGGCAGCCGCCUGAAGUGCCAAGAAAACUGACUUUUCCUACCCAGCAACAAACUGUGCCUGAACCUGCAGCGCCCAACCCCAAAUAAACCCAAGAUGUGUAUUUUCAGAGGACCCCAUCUGGCUGUAGGAGCUCUGGGAGGGCUGUGGGAGAAGGGGAGCGGUCUGGGAAGUGGGCCGGAUGCAGCCCAGAGAUGUAUUGGGGCAGCUCUGGAGUCGUUGCUCCCAUGGACUCAGUCAGGAGUGUCACCAGACGCUGAACCUCAAGAUGGGAUUGUCUGUCUGCUGCCUGGAGCCCUGCACCCUGCCGCUGGCCACCUCGGGAAGCCCGUGGACAGGCGCGUGGGUUCUCCAUCCUGUGUGCACUCCGGCGUGCACCGAGGCUGUGUGGGCGUGGUGUGUCUGCACUCCCUGGCCUCCUCUGCCGCCACUGCUGCAGGGUGCUAACAGAGACCCCGUCCAACACAGCGGGGGUGUUAGGUGACUGAGUUGUUGGAAGGUUUGGAAGGGGAUGCAAAGCUGCUUAGUUUUUAUCCAUCUCCAGCUUCGGUGGAUACCAUGGCCUUGCUGGCUUGUUGGGGGACUGGUUCCAGACCAGAGGGGCCGGGACAGAGAGGGGAGGAGGGCAGUGCCGAAGCUGUCCUGAAGAGUUGAGGUGCUGAGGCUGGCACAAUGUGGCAUCUUUUUUGGUGAUGAGAACCAAGAAAGUUGAUCAGAGGUCUGUGGUGGGCCAGUGGUCUCCGAGACCCUCCGGUUCUGACGUUCUGAGUCUUAACUCCCUCCCAGCCAAGAUGCCUGUUGGGUGGUGAGCACCUCAGAGCCAGCCCAGGCUGUCCACUCCCUCCCCAAAUAGUAGUGUCUGUGCUCCUUGGGGAUGGGGUGGGGGGUGGCGUGGAGCCCACUCUGGGCCCAGAGGCAACCAACUGUAGGGGUUCCCUGUUUAUUUCUCUUGGGAACUGGCAGGGACUUUGGGUUUCAGCAGUCCUGGUUUCAUCCUAGUAUUUCUAGCUGCCUGACUUUGGGUGGAUGUCUCCAUCUUUCUGAGCCUGCAUAGGGGGCAGUAAUAGCACCCACCUUAGAAGGCCUUAGAGAGGAAGAGAGAGUGUCAACAAAGUGCCUGGUGCAAGAUGCACUGAACAAACAUUUUCAGUAGUUAACCACUUAGUGUCCUCAGGGAGGCCUGGGACUAGCUCUUUGCUGCCAUCUAGUGGCUCUUUGUAAUCAUCCUCAGUGGGAACCACAGUCCCAGGAUCCUGGGAUUCAACUUACAGGUGUUUACUGUGCCCAGCCCUCAGGGACAUAGUUAUGGGAAUAUACAAGCGAGGAAGGCAGCAUCUCGGAGGGGGUACAGAGUGUGGUAAGGAGCAAGUGUCAGACCACUAGGAUUGAAAUCCCAGUGGUCAGCUACUGCUCAGCCAUGUGACCCUUGGGCAAGUUACCAAAUUUUACUGUGCCUCAGUUUCCUCAUCUGUACAAUGGGUAUAACGGUACCUACCUCAUAUAUGUAGAGCAUCAUGCUGAGCAUGUAAAUGUGUUCGAUAAAUAUGCUUUACUAUUAAUAAGUAGGAGCUUCCCAUCUAACAAGUUAGAUUGAACAACUGGCUGACCUGGUCCUCAGAGUGACUGGACUUCAGAGAUGGGACAGAGCAGGGUGUGGAGGAUUCAGGGAAGGGGUCCAAAUGAGAGGGGCUGCCUCUUAAAGGACGAGCAAUGUUUAGAAAAGCAAACAGGAAGAAGGCUGGCCUGCUGUCCAGGUGGGAAAAGAAGCCAGUUACCCAGUCUCCCUCUGUCCUCCACAGGCCGGCUAGCACCCGCUCUCUAUUAAAAGUCAGUUUUAACAGACACGUGGACUACUGCUAGGCCUCACGCUAAGUCACUUAACUCUACUGUAUGUGGGGGCCAAGGUGGCGUAUGGGGGUCCCAGCUCAGGUGGCGUGUGCUCAUAUGCCCGUGAGGGCUCGUGUUUGUGCAUGGCUGCCCCGCCCACCCACCGCCCCCCGUCGCCCGCACAGCCCUUGCCCUCUCCUCCCCGCCUUCCCUUUUUCUGGGGCUGCCUAGAUAAGGGAGCUCAUGAUGCCUGGCCUGCUAGCUUGACUGGACAUGAUCUGUGUGUGUCGUGGGUGGAAACGAGUCUGCAGAUGCUGGGGCCAAGUGUUGGCUGUGAGUUUUCCCUUUUCCUUAGGAACUGACCUCAGUAGCCAAUGGAGAAUCACCUACUUAUAACUGUAAAUUCCAAGUCAGUCUGCCAUGGGGAUCGCUGGUGAGAUGGACUCCUGUCCACUGGGUUAACACAGACUGCAACCCUUGGGGCAAAUGAGAGACCUGACUUGGCCCCACCUCUGCUGCAGCCUCAUCUGGCACUCCCAGCACCCUGUGAACCACCUUCCCCUGCCCAUCCUCCUUGCCUUUGGGCUGUGGCACACAUGUGCCCUGGCCCUCUGCCCCCGCUGGAGAACUGUUACUCAUUCUUCAAGAGCCAGUGUGGAGUCGCCUCCCCUAAUGCAGAAGGGUUCGUUGCUCUUGCUCUCUGUAGCAAAAGCAUUCCAUUCAUGACCCACUGAAGCACCUGUUCUGUGGUGCCAGAAAACAGGUACCUCUCAUCUCUGCUAACUCUUACCUGAUAGGUACUGUGCUACUACCCCCAUUUUAAAGGUGGGGACAAUGGGGCACAGAGGGGAACUUUCUUGGAGUAGUCAUACAUUUCUUCAUCAUUUAGUACAUAUUUAUUUAACUCCUGCUUUGUGCCAGGCACUGGAAAUGUGUCAGUGACCAAGACAGACGAGGUUCUUUGGGGAGCUUCGGUUUCGCUGAGGAAGAAAGACAAAGUGAGCAAAGAAAUUAUGUGUAAACCGUGGUACAUGCUGUCAGCGAAUGAGAGUGCACUGAUGUGAGGAGUCACUGGGGAGCCUCUUGCAGGCCCGGGGGGUGGGUGAGGGCAGGAAAGGGAUAGGUAUGUUCCAGGUACAGAGAGGAGGGUGUGUCGGGAACAGAGGGCCAGACACCCGGGCGAAGCAUGGCGGCAGGCUGGGGCUGCACCCUGCGCAGGCCAGCCAUGCUGCUGGGGAGGAGCUGGGGACCCGGCUCCCUUUUCCACAAGCCCACACCUCUUCACUCAGGAAGGGCUUUGGAGUUUACUCCAUGUGGAAGGAGGUCCUGGAAGUGUGUUAAGCAAGGGUGUGAGUCUUUUUGACCUGAGUUUUCAGAAGGCAGCGCUGGAGCUGCUGUGGGCUGCAGAGAAGCACAUGUAAUUAUCUGCUUUGGAGUCCGUCUUUCCUCCUAGACUCGGCUUCUGGGCAUCUGUGGGACUCGGCUUUCCUGGUCUGCUACUUUCUAUAAGCCAAGGACUGUGUGUAGGGCCUAGUAGGUGCUCGGUGGAUGGGUGGUAAAUGACUGCACGUGUGCAGGGCAGUGGGGCCAGCGCCUUGUGGGCCUGGGCGGAGAGUCGGGCUGCCUGAGCUCUCUGGGACUGACCCUUUGCCGUCCUGGCACGAGCUAGAGCCAGCAGGCGCCAUCAUCAAGACGGGGACGUGGGAACACUGCCUGUCUCAUGGUGUCUGGUGAUGACCGAGCAACCUGUAUGCCUGUGGCCACCAAUGAAGUUCCACAGAGUAGCGCAAUCUGGCGAGAGACUCACGCAGAAGGAGUUUGCGGUGUGCACGUGUAGAUGCAGGCUUUGUCCUCUCAGGAUGGCAGCCAGGGGAGUGAGGAGCAGGGCACCAGCCUGGCCCCGGCCUCCCACACACUGGGUGCGCUCAGCGUGUCACCAGCUCCCCUUCCCCGACUGUAGGGUCAGAGGACAGGGGGCAGGGCAGUGACAGGACAAGAAGCUGGAAGGCCGGCAUCCCUGGUAAGCAGGGCUGAUGACAUCAGGUAGCUCUGAUGGACGGCAGGGCAGGUCUGCUGUGGGCUGGGGGGCCGCCAGCGCUCACCUGGGCCACACCGCAGAGAGGAGCAGUGUGAGGUCAAGUAGUAAUGUGUCUGGUUUUACCCAGUGGUCAUUGGGUUUGGGCCCUUCUCACAUGGUCUGUUAUGUCAGCUCCAAGAAUGAAAACAAGAAGUUUUUCCCCAAAGAGUUAAAUCUAUGCAAGUUGUUUUUUAAGAACUUUAGCCCUGGGGCCAGGCUAAUCUGGGCUGAAUUGUCUGCUUACAAGUUGUCUGAUCUUGGGGGAAGGACCAGCCUUCUUGGAGCCUUGCACCCCUGCUUGUGGAUGAGGAUCAAGUGGCUUUGGCUGUCGGCUGCUGUAGGGAGGAAGAGAGCAGCGCCCCUGAUUCCCAGUGAGUGCGCAGGGAGUGCUGGGAACUCAGGGCAGCGGUUCCAACCCUUUUCAUUUCAUGGCACACAUAAACUAAUUACUAAAAUUCUGCAGCACACCAAAAAAUAUGUUUUUGCUGAUCUGACAAGAAAAAAAAUAGGUUUGAUUUUGAUCCAUUCACACCAAAUAGCUGUUGUUGUGUUGGCUGCAGUCAUGUUGUUAAUUUGACAAUCUAAGGGAAAAGUGGCUCAGGUUAGGGGCAUAAAAACUUCCCCUGGCUGCUUUUCUCUCUCUCUCUCUCUCUCACACACACACACACGCACACACACUUUUAGACAGCAAAACCAGCUCCACUGAAAGCAGGAUGGAGGAGCCCUCAAGGCUGAGAGAGCAGGCCCCACAGCCUCAGGGGAGGGUCCUGAAAGGGACAACAAGUGGUGGCUAGGUCACUCUGAACAGGAAACUGUCUGGAAUUCGAUUUUUGUUUACUUCCCGAGAAAGGAUGGGGAGAGGUGGUCAAGUGCCUUUACAGACAGCUGGAGUCCAGUUGGAAAUGGCUAAGGGUCUUUCUAAGCUCACGGGUGUUUAAUAUUCAACUAAGUUUUUGUACUUUUGCUAUGAAAACUCCCUCUUUCUCUACACAUAUUCAGUAAAGUCUGCCAUGUACACAA